UGUGUUCUAUUAAAAACAUUUAUUAUCUGGUUCAUUGUGAUUCAUCAAUGCUGAUAAAUAAUGACAACAUUUUACAAAAAAAAUCAAUAUUGAAUAAAUUUGUUUUCAUUUAAAUUUGGUAUGCAUUUUAGUUGUUAAAUAAAAUAUUUACCACCAAAACUAACCCUUUUCCAAGAACUAUGUACCUCAAAAUUCAACUACAAAUUGUAAUCUUUAUUGUGUACCUGCUGUUAAUUACAAGUGUGGUAGGCCAUAUAAUCUUGGGCACGGUUAAAAUAGAAAGAUGUGUUGAUUAAAGGUUGUAGUUUUUAAAUAAAGGUUUUUUUCCGAAACUAAAUAUAGAUUAAGAACAUUUUAUUAUAAUUUAAAAGUUAUGUUAGUAGGUACUUAUUUAUGAUAAAUAAAUAUUAAUAGGUUUAAUGUAUUACCUAUAGAAAAAAUGAUGAAUUUAUUUUGUAGGGUAGAGGUGAUGGCAUCAUAAACCUAUUAUAGGAAUAGCCUCUUAUAACUUUGUAUUGAAUAUUUAUAUAGCUUCAUAAUUUAAAAUAAUUUAUCCUCUUGAAUUACUUUUUUAGUAUCCAAUACUAGGUAUACCUGCUAUUAUCUACAUACGAUUCAUAAUACAUAAAUGAGUAAAUAAAAAAAAUAUUAUUUGAAUAUUGUGCUUUCAAGUGCUUAUCAUAAUCAAAUUAAUUAUGAAAUGAUAUUAUUGAAAAUUAUACAGAAAUCAAAUUAUAUGGUUGAAGUUGUUUGUAUAAUGAUAAAAAUUAUAAACAAAUAAAGUACAUUUGAUAUCUGACCACAGGGCUAAUCUAAAAUAAUUCCAAUGUGCGGUUAGCUUUAGAAUAUUAGUUUUAUUAUUAUAUAUUAUAGAGUUUUGUAAAAAUUUCAAAACAUUAUAUUAAAAAUAAAAAAAAUAUUAAAUAUAUUUUACAAAACACAUAUAUAUUUUAUUCAUCUUAUCUUGUAUACUUUUAAUGGUAAAUAUUUAGUUAGAAUAACCUAACCUUUAUUUUUAACACUCUUAUUCUUUAAGAAUUAUGUCAAAAAUGUAUUUAACAAAAUAAUUUGAUACAUUUGUCUUGCAGUUGGCUAACUCAACUUGAUUGGAUAACACAACUUGAUCCUGCCAGAUGUCCAAACAAAUGUGGUAAAUUGUAUAAAGGCCUUUAUAGAAAGCGUCAUCUCAGACAACAUUUAGUGUACGAAUGUGGUGUUAUACCAAAAUUUCAAUGUAGAAUAUGUUUCAAGCGUUUUGCUAGAAAUCCUCAAUUAAAAUAUCAUUCAAUUAGAAUACAUAAAAUGAUUGCUUAACAUAAAUGUGUCCUAUUAAAUGAUGUUUAUAGUGCAUUAUCAGUCAUCAAAUAUUAAUAAAUACUUACAACAUUUAACUGGUAUCAAAUGAUAAUUUAUAUUAGUACAAGUACUUAUUUUAUUCUUAAUAUAUUUUACUGGAUUAUAAUACUUUUAAUAACAAUUCUUAUUUAAAGUAAUAAUCCAAAGUUAUUUAAGUAUUUUAAAAAUGUGUACAAAAUAUGCUAUAAAUUAUAAAUAAAUUACACAAUAUGAAAUUAGUAUAUACUAGUACUUGUAAAUAACGCUGUGGUAUUUAAUUUAUGUAAAAAAUUACUUGUUGAGUUUGCUUUUACAUAAGAUUUUAGGUUUCAGAAUCCAAAGUACUUGUUAUUUACUCCCCUGAAUUUUUAAUAAACAUUUUUCAACUGUUUUAACCUGUUUAUAUAAUUAAAACUUAAUAACAAAGUAUGGCUUUUUAAUCGACUUAAUCAUUUUAUACAGUAACUAAUAAGUAAUUAUUAAUUAGUAAUUAUUAGGGCCUGGAACUUGAUGACCUAAAAAUCUUUAAUAAAAAUGACCAUUAAAAUACCAAAAAAUACUUUAUAAUGACUUAACAUUUUUUAAAAAUGUCGGUUUUAUACAAUUCAUGUAUCAUAAAUCAUAAUUAUUAUAGGUUCUUUAAACAUUUUUACUCUAGAAGGAGCCUUCAAAAUUUUUUUUUGCAGUUUGAAAUAAGUUGAUCAACUUUUAGGAAUUUUUUUCUGAUUGACUGGGACUAAAUAGUAUCUGCCUAUAGUUUAUUAAAUAAUCGUAGAUUGCGACAACAAACAAUAAAGAUAAUGAAUGUCGAUAAUCGACAAGCUAUUGGAAACUGAAUUUGUUACAAUAAAGUGUAACUUUCAACAAGAAAAAUGCAAAAAAUGCAAAAUAAAAAUUAUACUAUUAAAUUCUAUAUUCCAUGAAUCAAAUUUCUGUAAAGACGAGUCUCGAAUAUAAUCAUUAGAAAGAAAAAUGCAAAUGCAUCAAGUUCUGGGCCCUAGUAAUUAAAUAUUUUAACAGUUAGUAUUACAAAUAUUUUAAGCUAUUACUAAAUUGUGAAUUUUAUAUUAUUUAAGAAUUACUUUGUCACAUUAUGUUGUAUGCCCUCAUAAUUGUGAUCAAUCGUUUAAAGGCUUUCAUCGCAAACAACUUUUAAAAAGACAUUCGAAGUAUAAGUGCAAUGUCCGUCCACAGUUUCAAUGCUUAUUGUGUAAAAAAUAUUUCACUAGGAAUUCAAGUUUGAAAGAUCAUGAGAUAUUAAUUCAUGGUAUAACAUGUUAAAUUCAUUACAAAUUGACUUAUGUUUAAAAUAAAAACAACAAUAAUAUGUGUUACACACAUUAAUAAUAUUUCAUGAUUAAAAUAUUUUAAAUUUUAAAUCAUUCUCUAGCAUAUUUGUAUUGUGUUUUCAAGAAAUCAUCUCUGUUUAUAAUAAUUAUAAGAUAUAAAUAAUUAUAGUUGAUUUCUACUGUAUAAUAAUAAUUAUUAUACAGUAGAACUUCCAUAUAACUGUUACCGAAGGGAAUGACCGCUAUUUAGAGGUGCCCGUCCUACAGAGGUAGGAUAUCACUAGGAUAAUACUCGACGGGACCGUUACAUAGAGGUGACCGUUAACAGAAAUUUUACUGUAUAUAAUAUUAUUUAAAGUAAUGAACCAUUUGCAUAGUUUCUAAUGCUAUACAAUUUAAAUUAAAUAUACGCAAGGUUCCACAUUGUCCCCCACAGUAUUUAAUCUAUGCCGGGAUUUUGUUCUCAAUUUGAUAGCGGAGACGGAAGUAUCCAGCAUCCACGGCUUCAAAAUACACCAAAACAUUGAAAACAACGCAGUUGUAAGUUUUUCCGACGAUACCACAAUCAUCGCCACCACUCUCGUGAUCAAUGAUCAUAGCUAAAGACCUAUUUUCCACUGUCGGAAUGCAGACAAACCCUACCAAAUCCGCGAUUAUCAACGUAAAAGACGGACAGCUAGUGCUAAAAAUAUAACACUUAGACAAUUUAGUAAUCCCUCCUGUAUAAAAUACCUAGAAGUUAAUUUCAACGACGAAAUAGUUUUCGACAGCAUAAGAUUUCUUUCUCAAUUAGAAAAGGAUUUUAGAAAUGUAGUAACUUCUCUAGUUCUCUCUUAUUACUAGAAACUUAAAAUACUGGACCACUAUGUUAACCCAAAGCUGAUUUAUCCUCUGCAAACUACCCCUGCCGAACCUUAUAUAUAAGAAUUUCCUGGAACGUUUUUAUAUGCUGGUAAGACAAGGAGUUUGGGAAAUAUGUGGCCUUCCCGCCAACACUCCAAUUCCGGUUUAUUACACAGGUAGGAAAUAUCGGUGCCUCGGUAUUCUGAUUGUAGCAUGGAAGGCUUCUAUCCAGAACAUAGCCAUUGCCCAAAAGCUACCGCGAGUCCAGGACCCACACUUGCUAGCUGUUCGCGAUCUACGCUAGGAAGAAGCAUAUUCUCGCGCACGUUUAGGUCCCGUGACUGGCCUAAACUCAUGCGCGAUUCGCACCAAGUUAAGGUAGAACGAGUUAGAAAAAAAUGGAAGGAGUUGAGACAGAGAGGAAUAGGUGUAUUGUGGUAUAGCAGCUGUACCGUAACAAACUCAUGGAUAUCAAACAAAGGUGGGCUAUCAAGCGGUGAGUGGACGAACGCUAUUAAAGCAUCGAUGAACUCCAUGUCUAACCGCUAUACAGGAGUGUCAGGUAAGAGUGUCGGCAAUCCACAUUGCAGGAAUCUGGCCUGCAAUGAGAAUAACAUUAAAACCUUGCUACAUAUCCGUGGAUCCUGCCCCAAGAUAGAACUCCUUCGCAAUAACGCCCAUCACUAAGUCCGUAUAACUCAGGCCAACCUAUUUAGGGCGAAAAAGAUCGAGGUAUACGAAGAAUUGAACUGUGAAGCAUUCGGAAAAAGAGUAACUCAAAGUCGAUGGGCGGAUAUCAUAGUGUGGACCGAAGAAAAGGACAAGGCCUCAUCUUAGACCCCACGAUUUGGUGGGAGAGCAACGACGUACAGCAAAACGUCAACGCGCACGAAGAGAAAAGGGAUAUAUACAUGCCGUGCACCCCCAGUCUGAGCCGUCUCUACAGGGUAGGCGAGUGGGAAACAGCACGGUUUGGUGCAAGGAAACUGCAUAGAAAUUCUUACUGGACUUAAAAAACCACGAUCUACUGCGAAGCGAUCUCAAAAAAUAUGACUGUGUUGUAGGGCAUAUUCCAUAUAACAAACUAUAAUUUAUGCUCGUAAUUAACAAUCAUUAAUAUUGUAAUAAUAUCAUUUUAUUUUGUUAUUUAUUUAUUUACUAUUAUAUUUUAUUGAUAUUUAUUUAUGUAUUAUUUUUAUUUAUAUGCUAUGUACGAACGUAUUGAACAAGGUAAACUGUCGUAAGGCAACUCACAAAGUGAGCAGUCCGCUAUAUUUAUAUUUACAUUAAUAAAGUUUUAUAUAUAUAAUUGUUCUAUAUACUUGCUUUAUUCCUUCCUUUCUUUGUGAUCAUUAUUAUUAUUAUUAUUAUUAUUAUUAUAUUUUUUUUUUAAGUAUUUAUUGUGUUGUUUUAUUUUAUUUAAAUUAAAAACUUUUAGUAAAAAAAAAAAAUUUUCUGCGCAUAUAUCAAGUAUAGAAGAAUAAUUCAUAUUAGUAUUUUUAUCUACAUUAAUGUGUGCUCUGAACAGGUAAAAUAACUAACGUGCUAUUAGACUGGUGUGCGACGCCAGAUCCAGCAAUUUGUCCAAACAGUUGUGGUCACUUCUACAGAGGAAUUAACCGAAAAAAAUUGUUACGCAGGCAUAUGGUCUACGAAUGUGGUGUUCCAUCUAAGUUCAAGUGUCCCAUUUGUUCCAAACGUUUUACAAGAAAAUCAAAUAUGAAAGUACAUGCAUUUUCGGUACACCAAACAUUUUUGUGACAUUAAGUUUAAACCAUUCAUAGCAGUCGUUUCAUGUGUUCUAAAUAAUUUAACCUUUCAAGUUGGAGCACAGAAGUACAGAAGUAUUUCAUGAAUUGUGUUGAUUGCAUGUUAGCUUUGGGUAUUCUAUACUCAAUUUAUACCUAACAGUAUUAGUCAUUAGAAAGUAUCUAUAAUCUAUAAAUAUUUGUGUUUUAAUAAGUUACUCAUUAUAUUGUAUUUGUUUGUUAUUGUUAUUGGAUUAAAAUUAAGUUAAUUAACAUUAAUAAUAAGUAAUGUAUAUUUGUUAACAUCAUAUUAUUUGUUUUUAAAGUCUUAACUAAUAUGGUUUAUUAAUAGUGUUCAACCAACCAAUACCAAAAUUAAAAUUAACAAUACAUGAUUAAUAGAUAAUUUUUUGUUAUACUAUAUUGAUGGUUUACUAAAACAAGUUAUACCAAAAUUUGUAAAUACUAUUUAUUUUCUUAAAUAUUACCUAUAAUAUUUUAAAAUAAAAUCUAAAGUAUUAUAAUGUUCAGUAUUAUGAUGAUUUAUGAAUAAUUAUGUUAUUUAAUAAAGAAAACAUAAACAAUUAGUUUAAUUGUAUACAAGAAUAAUAAUAUGUGAUUUUUUUAUAGAAACAUGUUAAUUUUGUAAGCUACAAGUAUAGUCUUAGAUUAUUAGCAUAAUCUUAAGAAUACUAUAAUUUGUAUUACAAAAGUUGUACGAUUUGUACAAGAAAUACAAUUUUUAUAUUUUUAGAAAUAAUAAAGUAUAUCAUACUUCAUAAUUUACUAAUUUUUGUCAAUAUAUUUAUAUUAUUUUUUUAGUACCUACAAUGGAUGUGAAGAUGUAUUCAAUUAACCAUACAAACAGUUAUAAGCAAUUACAUGUAGCUAGCAAAUAAAAAUAUUAUAAACCAUCAAAAAUGAAUCCACUUCAAGAUACUAGCUACUCAUGAAAAAAAAUAACAAUACAAUAUUAGUGUUGUUAAAAUUGUAUUUUUAGUUAACUAUAUGAUGCAAUUUUUCAUAGAUGGCAAUGUUAACAUUUUUAAUUGUUACCACUUUUCAUGUAAUAUUUUGAUUUAUGAUUUGUUAUUUUAAAUAUUAUGUACUUCAUUUUUGUAAUAUAUUUAUAUAUAUUAUAUAUAUUAUUAUGAUUGUGUACUUUGUGAUUUCAUAGUAAGAUAUAAAAAUCAAGACAGUAAAAUUAAAUUUUAAAUGUUUACUACUGUAAAAUAAAUAAUAAUAAAAUCAAUAUUUACAAGUGUUAAGCUUAAUUUUUUAAAUAAUUCUCAUAUAGUUACAUGUUAUCAAAUAUAGCGAAUAACAAUGUUAAUGCACUAACCUAACUCUCACUAUUUAAUAUUUAUUGUUAAGAAUUUAAUUUAAAAUUUAGUUAAAAAAUAAUUCAUGUUUAUAUAAAUAUAAUAUACACAAAUAACUGCCGUAUUUAGGAAUUGGGGAGGGUCUAGAUAAUUUUCAGAAAACAGAGCCGUGGGGGAAAAGCCCCCCAUACCACCCAAUCACUCUUUAUUAAAUAAAUGUAAUAUUUAUAAAAUGGUUUAACAUUUUUGAGUUUUUAACCAAAUGUAAAAAUAGUGGGUAAAUGGAUGUUGCUCAGCUAUACAGUAGGUUACAAGUGGGUCAAUGUAUAAUGAAUUGUAUUAAACUUGAAUUCAAUGAUAUAAUAUCAUUGUAUAAGAAAAACGAUUCUGAAUGGUUUGUCAGUCUGGAUAUUUUAUAUUGUUAUUAUUUAUUAUAAUCUGUAAGUUGAAUUGAUAUUAAAUUAUUAUAAUUUUUUAUUUAUUUCUACAGUGAUAAGCAUUAGAAAUUAAAAUCCCAUUUUUAGCAGUUUUCUGUAAUUUGUCGGUGGUUUUUCCCGUGGCAUUAAAUAACUAUUGAGAAAAUCAAAAAAUGACCUCUAUAAAGUACCAUCUUGAUCCAAUUUAUUAAAAAAUAAUAAUAUACUACAUAUUGAAAUCAAAGCACUCCUUCUGGUAAAAAUUUUGUAUACAGGAUAAAAAAAUAAAAUAAAAUAAACACCAUUGUUAAACCACUAGCUUGCUCUGCUCAGAAUCUAAUAUAGUUAUGUUAUAACUUAAAACUUUUAUAAAAAUAUUUCCCAAAAUACAUUACUUCAUUCAUUGUUGAUAUAAGAUAACCUUUCAACCUUAAAAAGAUCUCUCUGGAGUGGCUGUAUAUACUGGAAAUGUACAAAACUACAAAAUAUUUGAAUUAAAAAAUGAACUGUAUUUUUCAACCAUUUUCGGUGCGAAACUGAUAACAAAGAAAUCACGAUAUUAAUUGAAAAUGUUGAUAACUGGAGCUUUGAAAAUUUUUACAAAAUCCUUCGUUUUGUAUGAUAAAAUUUGUUUUUCUUAAUCAUGUAAAAACACAACAUUUAACAUGUACGAGACACGAGUCAAUUGUGGGGGGGGGGGGGGGUGGACACCAUGAAUCUUGUUGAUAAAGAUUGCUUUUAAUCAAAGUUGGAAUAGUUUCCAAUAGAUCACAAAUAACACACUCAACGCUUUUAACUUAACUACCAUGAUAAGAAUUAUUUUCAAUUUAAUACCAUUCAUAAUGUUAAAAAUAUUGAGAUGUGCGAGCUAUGGAGAUACUGGUUGGCAAACUUGGAUUUCUUUGCUAAAGAUGAUCCAGCCAAAUGUCCGAAAAACUGUGGUCGCAGUUAUAAAGAUUACCACAAAAUUUCAGAAUCCAAUAGGAUUUAUUGUCCAAAUAAAUGUGGCCGCAGUUAUAAAAGAGGACCGUCCAGCAAAAAAAGUCUCAAUAGGCAUAUUACAUACGAAUGUGGUGUAGAACCACAGUUUCAAUGUUAUUUUUGUCAAAAACAAUUCAGUCGUAAAUCAAAUAUGAAAACACAUUGUCUGCUUAUACAUGACAACCAAGAAAUUGUACAAACUUAUAGGAUGUAUUGUCCUAAAGCAUGUGGUCAUAGCUAUAUAGGAACUUACGGAAAAUACAAUCUCAAGAGGCAUUUAUUAUUCGAAUGUGGGGUGAAACCACAAUUUCAAUGUUAUCUUUGUCAAAAACAAUUUAGCCGUAAAUCAAAUAUGAAAACACAUUGUCUGCUUAUACAUGGUGAUCAAGAAACCGUGAAAACUUUUAGGAUGUAUUGUCCAAAAGAUUGUGGGCAUAGCUAUAUAGGAGCUUACAGAAAACAAAACCUCAAGAGACAUUUAUUAUUCGAAUGUGGAGUGGAACCAAAAUUCCAGUGUUAUCUUUGUCAAAAACGAUUUCGUCAUAAAUCGUCUAUGAAUACACACCUUCUGAUCAUUCAUAAAAUAUGUCCUUAAUUUUAUUUAUUUAAAAUUAUAAAAAAAGUCAUACAUUUUGUUAUAACAAUUAAAUAAUAAUAAAACAUAUAUAUAUAUAUUUAUAUAAAUAUAUAAAUUUAUCUGUAAUUAUUAUGUAUGAAUUAAUUGGAAAUGGCCUUAAUUAAAGAUGCUUUUAUUAUUCAGUCUUAUACCUCUAUUUCAUAUACAUUAUAACACGCUACAAAUUUAAUAGUAAAUGUCUGCUUGAUAUGUUACAAUUAUAUUUAAAUUAAAAUACCUACACAUUAUACUUAUUAUUAUUGUUUUAUUUUUUGUAUAGUAAUCCAUUCUGGAACAAUGAUAUAUUUUGAUGAACAACAAGAGCAUUUCCCAAGUGUAGUAGAUAGAAACGAAAAGGGAAGAAAAAAACUUCGUAGAUGCCAAUUAUGCGCAUUGUCUGGACGAGGUCGAAAACGAACACAUGUAUUUUGUGCAGCGUGUCCUGGACAACCUGGUCUCUGUGUUGAUACAUGUUUUAAAGAAUAUCAUAAAGAAUAACAUAUUAUAUAAUGAAUUAAUGACAAUUGCAUGUAUUCAAAUUAUUUUUUUUUUUUUUUAAGACCAGGGCAUAUUAAAAAUAAAUGUCUAGGCUAUUUAAUAUUUUAUUUUGUUAAGUGUUCUGUUAUGGCAUAGAAUAAAAAUCUAUUUUUUUUUUGUACAGGAAACAGAUUAUAAUAUGUUUUUUAUUAAAACUUUUAUUUUGAACAUUCCAUACCUUGUAAUAUACCUAUAUAUAUACGCUUGCAUAUGUGUGAUUUAUUAAUAAUAAUGGUAAUGAAUAAACAAAUAUUUAAUGUUUUAUAUAAUUAUUUUUCGCUAUCUGGUAUACCUUAACCUAUAUUUUAUUUUCCUAAGUUAUGUUAGUUAUGUUAUUUUAAAUUACUUACAUUUACUAAAUUUUACUAGGAAUGUGAUAUUUUUUUCAUCUUUCAAUUUUUCAGAUGCAAUAAUUAUCUAUUUAAAAUUAGUUUUAUCAACUAUAAUUACAUAUUUUAAUCACCGUGAAUAUUGGUUAUUGUUUAUAAUUCAUUGUGUAAAAAAUAUUGUUAAAAUAUUCAAUACUUACUUUUCCUAUAUUUCUUAUUAUUUUAUUUUUAUUAAGUAUAAGUUGUUUAUUCAUAUUAUUAUAAUGAUAACUUUGAUUAAAAUAUUAAACAUUGUGUCCAACCCAUUUAAAGGUAUUUUAAUUUUCACACGCUUCAAAAACAUAUAAAAAGCUUUUACCCAUAGUAACAUUUUUGCAAUGUUGGGUCGUAUAUAUGUACUCUUAACGCUUUUUGUACCCUCUACAUUAAGGUAAAAAACAAAUAGGAAAUGGUUGUAAAUAAUUUUGCUUUCAAUAAAUGGUAUAAACAUUUUUUCUAACUUUUUUUUUUCUUCUAGUGAAACGUCCUGUGAUCUUAGAUGUGAUUGAUAUAUCAAGUCACUUAAACUUACAUUAUCCGCACGUAGUGGAAAAAAACCAAAAAGGACAAAAAAAAAGACGCCGUUGUGUUCUGUGUUCUUCUCGAGGUCUUGGACAGAAACGUACUGAUGUAUUUUGUUCCAUUUGCCCCGGUAAACCAGCACUGUGUCCUGGCACUUGUUUCAUGACUUAUCACUCAACCAAACUUUAAAAUUUGUUAAAUCAUUCAGCAAUAUAACCAUUGGACUCCACUUGUUAAAUACUGCCAAUGUUUACCAAACUAUUGUCAAAAUAUAUUCAAAAAAAGUAAUACAUAUUAUAUAAAUUAUGAUUCUUUAAAAUAUUUUAGCAUUCAUUAUUAAUAGGUGUACACAGUGUAUUAUUAAAACUAUAUUAUAUAAAUCAAACACUAAUUCCUUAUUGGGUAGGCCUAUACUGUUAUGAGUGAUGAAUAAAAAUGGGUAUGUAUAUAAAUGUACAAUAGUUUUGUUAUUGUAUUAUAUUAUAAGUAUUGUUAUCGUUUAAAAUCAACUUUUAUUAGCUAAUAAAUAUGAUUUUGAGCAAAGUUAAGACUUAUACUAGCAGUUAUGAUUUCAUUCUUUUAUCAUAUUGUUAUUUGGUUAAGAAAUGAUUGUGGUUUAUUAUUUUUUGAUUUUACUGUAGCAGCUUGUAUGUUCUAUAAUGUAUUAAAUGGUCUUUAUUUAUAACAAUAUUGUAUUUAUUUUUAUUUUAGUGAACAUAAAUGUCAUCAAAUACCUAUCAACUAAAAACUAAUAACUAAUAACUACCGAUUUUCCUGAUCCAGUUUAUUGUCCAAACAAUUGUGGUCGCUGCUACAAAGGUAUUAGAAGAAAAGGAAAUCUUAACAGACAUGUCAAUUACGAAUGUGGCACACCAAAAAAAUUCAAAUGCAUUUACUGUUGGAAACGUUUUGUACAAAAAUAUGAUCUUAAGACACAUUAUAUUUAUGUUCAUAAAGUAAAUGAAAAAUAACGAAUUUA